UUCACUCUCACACGUUGGCAGCUCAGUGAAGAGAUUUGUCGCCCGUGCACCUGUUCUCAUCCGAUACAGCCUGAGAAUAAGUGACACCAAAGUGAAAAUGGAACAUUAUUUAAAAAUCACGGUGUGCCUCCUCCUGAUCGUCCAGACCUGUCAGCUGGCCUCGCUCCCAGAGUCAACCGACUCUCCGGGUCGUACCAUCGAUAGAGGAUGGCUCCGUCAAGUCCACAAAAUAAAACAAAAAGGCGGAAUUAAAAAGGUUCCGGUCGCUACAGAUGAGCCGGGAUAUGAAUCGGAACCGUUUGCAGAGGCUUUGGAUUCAAACAAUGUUGAAGCUGAUGGAAUUCCAUCGGGCUACAUGAUGUUUGGGUCGAGUGGUGAAUCCAGUGAAAAUAAAACAUCUGGUAAUCCGGUGCUGCCUCCCCAGUUUUCAAAUCAGACAGACGAGAAGCCUCAAGUGUCAAACACCACAGCUGCUCCAACCACUACCACAACCAGUCCCUCAAACUCAAGCCAGACAAACAUGACAGGAGCUGAGGAGGAACUUCACAACUCAACGAUGACCAAUCAAACCUCCAGCGCUCAUUCCGGUCAUCACAACUCAACGAUGACCAAUCAAACCUCCACAGCUCAUUCCAGUCAUCACAACCACACCCCUCAUAAUCGCACUCAUUUACACACGACAACCUUGGCUCCAGAGAAGAAUGAGGGGUUAGACAACAGCACAGAGGGGAACAACACAACAACCACAACAACCGCAACAACCACAGCGACACCGGGGUCCAAUGAGACGUCCCUCACGUCUUCGUCCACGACAGCGGUCCCCUCUGAGACCACAGGAGCCGACCCUGAGCCCACGACCCCUCUCGCUCCCUUCACACCCGAGGUGGCCAACAUGACGGACAAAGAAGGAGCCUCGGGCGGCGGCGCAGACAGAGGUCUGGCAUCAGAUCCACACAAGAGCCGCCGGCAUGGAGCGUGGGCGGCUGUACUGGGAACCGCAGUGGCCGUGGGCAUCGUGGGACUGGUGGCCUACGUCAUCCUGAAAAAGAAACACCAAAUGGGGUUCUCUCACAGGAAACUGGUGGAGGUGUAUCCCUCAGACCCAGUCCUCAGAUUGGACAACAGCGAACCUUUGGACCUGAACUUUGGAAACAGGGUCUACGACAACCCAGGACUCACGGGGGACAACUUCCAGAUGUCCAACUUUCCAGGACAUCAGAAAAACUAGAAACACACGGAGACAGUCUGAGUUUUUAUUUUGUGUAAAUCUUAUGUCAGAUUGUGUGUCAUGCUGAGUAGAUUUAUCAAACUGAAAUAGAGGAAUCACUGAAGGCAAUUUAUCUGAAGUGUGCUGCCGAAGCCAAUAUGAACAGCCAAUUACGUGCGUUGCCAAAGGGAAUAAAAUGAAGAAUAUGAUUUGCAGUGGAUGCAGGGUGUUAAAAAAACGAAUCUUUACUGUACAUUUUGGGUUUUAAACUUUUAAUUUGUUUUAUGUGGCUGAGAUAAAAAUCGGUUAAAAACAAGACAUCUGAUAAAGAGAAGAAACUAGAAACCAACUCCUGCUGAUGCGAAAACCAUUUGUGGAAAAAAGGAAAAAGAAAGGAAUACGCUGUGUGCAGAAUAAAUAGCAGAUUACACAGGUGGCACACUGAGGCCUGUGCAGCAGAAUACUCAGACGCCAUGGCGAACAAUGACAUUAUCCAUAUCAACUGUCACCUGCUGUUACGGCACAAAAAUAAAAAAAGUUAUAUUUAAACUGCACUUUCAGAUUUUUCCACUGUCACAGCCGGAGCCUGAGAAUUGAACCGUCAAACCGAAAAGACCCGAGUUUGUUUUUCUACAAAGUGACGGAGGUGGAGGGAGAGCCGGCUGCUGUUUUCUUAUUCAUAGUCUGAGGUUUUUUUGGUAUUCAUGAAUUCAGUGUGUAUUUGGUAUUAGCUGUGCUCAGUAGCAACAUCUGUAUCAUCCUAAUAUACUCCUUAAAUCUUCUGACCUCCAGGUGUCCCGACAGAAACCUGGGAGAGUCACGUCCUGUAGCGUUUACCUGCAGCAGACACAGAUCAAAGCUAGAACACGCCUGAUUAUAGAUUUCUUAUAAAGAACUUUACAUAUUUUCUUAUUGUUAUUCUGGUCACAUGUUUGCUUUGACUUUUAGUGACAACCUCGAGUUAAACAUGUGAUUCUCUUGUACAACAUGGCGGGGCAAGGAUCCUGCAAUUUAACUUCAUACUUUCACUAAUGCCUUUGUGAAAUAAAAUCUAACAAUAAUUCAGAA